AUGAUAGCCACGGGUGCCCAAGGUACUUGCGGCAGCGCUUCAACACCUCCCUUCAAGACGGAAUUUGCCGAGAGCAGAGUCCGCCAUCAGAAGGACCCGGGGAAGCAAAAUUUGACAGCCGGGCGCGAGCUGUUCGCUGCUGCACCAAGUUGCAACAAGCCCAGCAAGAAAGCCGACAAGUCACACUUCAGGAGGUGGCCUUCUGGGGAUGCUGUGAUUGGCGACCGAUUCUGCCAUGGGAAUGUGAUGAACUGGUGGGAAGAAGGAAAAAUCACUUGCGGUGCCAGUUUGAGUUUCGUGGUCCUUGCAGAAAACAUGGUGGCACCACGUGCUCUUCCAAUCCUACAGCCUAUGGCUGAGUUUGCUGUCGCUGUUGAUAAAGCGCGGGCUACGCUGACCAGUUGUCAAAAUCAUCAAAGCAGCAGGAGCUACAGUGCUUCGAUGGAGUUCCUCGCGGAGACCAGAAGGUAUUUGACGGAUGGAGAUAUGAAGCGAAUGGUGGUAGAGAUAACUUCGCCAAGAGGCACCACGGUCAAACGGAUAUUUGAGCUUGAGCCAGGAGAAGGCAAUGGAGGCGGUGCAGUGCAGUGA